AUGCACCAUCACUCAUCACUACCUACCACCUUUGCUCAUCAACACCACCCACCUGCUACCACUACCCCCACCUAUCACCCACAAAAACCACCACCUGCCACCAUCAUUACCAUCUACUUCCACCACCCAUCACCACCUUUUCCACCCACCUUAAUCACCCAUCACGAUCAUCCACCGCCACCACUACCCAUCUCCACCACCAUCCAUUACCACCACUCUCACCCUCAAUCACCACCCUCACCACCACCCACCACUGCCACCACACACCCAUCACAACAACCCACCAACACCCCCACCAUCACUAGAGAUGGAAAAAAUUGA